GUUUUUACGAAAAUGGCGGCAAAUGCAAGCAUGUUGCGCAAGUACAUUUUACAAUUUACUCAAGACUAUCUAGAGUUUAGAUUGCCAGAGUUCUUUUCAAUCGCUAGUAGUUUCAAUAUACCAGUCAAGAUAGAUGAUCAAUUAUCGAGUAAACAGAAUCCUGUCCUUGUAGUUGAGGUUCCAUCUGAAGAGUGCUUGAGAAAAAUAGCAAAUAGAACUGUACUGUUAAGAAACGUAAUCGAAUAUUGGGGCAGUGGAAAAACUAUAGAUGAAGUUAAAUCAGAAAUAGAAAAUUUACCUAAAGAAAUAACAGAACCAUAUGUUAAGAAUGAGAAAACGUCAUUUUCGGUAAAAUUCCAUUCCUCUAAUCACAAUAUUGAUUUACAAGAAAAAGUCAUAAAAAUUGAUAAUUUCUUAGAAAGUUAUCCAAUAAAUGGAAAAGUUAAUUUAAAAAAUCCGGAAAAAGUAUUCCAUUUAAUCGAAUGCUACAAAGAUAAACGUGAAACGUCGAUACCUAUUUUGGAUAGAAUGUAUUUUGGUAGAUUUAUAUGCGAUAGCGAUAGAAAUUCAAUAAAAGAUUUUCAUUUAAGUAAAAGAAAAGUUAUAGGAAAUACUAGUAUGGACGCAGAAUUAUCCUUUAUUAUCUCUAAUAUUUCACAAUCAAAGUCUGGAGGUUUUAUAUAUGAUCCAUUUGUCGGAACAGGUAGUUUAUUAGUUGCCUGCGCUAAACAUGGUGCUUUCGUGUCUGGUUGUGAUAUCGAUAAAAAAUUACUUUCCGGCAGAGGUAAAUCCAGUAGAAAAGGUCAAAAAUGGAGAGAUAGAGACGAAACUGUUAGGGGUAAUUUAAAACAAUACGGAUUAGAUAAUCGUUAUUUUGACGUACUUAUCGCGGACACUUCAAAACAAGCUAUGUGGAAUAUUAAAGAUACAAUGUUUGAUGCUAUAGUAACAGAUCCUCCAUAUGGUAUAAGAGAACCAACUGUGAAAAGUGGGAAUAAUGAGACGAAAUUAUCAAACGAUCAAACGAAGAUGGUAUACGUGAUGACAGAUAUUUUAUCAGAUUUACUGCUCUUUGCAGCAAAAUACCUACAUAUAGGCGGUAGACUUGUUUUUUGGCUGCCAGUUUAUAGGGAAGAGUAUGUACUAGAAAAUAUACCCGAGAACAAAGCCAUGCAAUGCAUAUUCAACUGUGAACAAAUACUUAAUUCUAAAGUCUCAAGACGUUUAUUAACUUAUCAAAAAACAAGAGCAUUUCAACCCGAUACCGAUAAUAAUGUUCAUUUUGGUAAAAACCACUAUGAAGAAAGCUUCCGAGAUAGGAUUAAUACCAAUAUUAUUGGAUUUUUGACUUUCGAAUAA